AUGGUUGACGGGGCGAGUGCGACAUACCACGAGAGCCCCGUUGGUACCUGUUUGGGCUGGUGGAUGUGGUCUCCGGUGGGUGCGUGUCCGCGCAGCCGGCACCGUGUGUUGCGCAGGGCCGUUACGGCUGUGCGUGUGGCGCUGCUCGUUGUGUUGGCGCUGGCGGCGGCGGCGUGGAUGCCUGCUGUGCAUGCGGUGGUGUUGCGACUGCGGGGCGGUACGGUGGACAGAGCCAUCACGGUUGGCCGCGCCGUGGACACGGUGCUGAUGGACGGCGUGUCUGUCACGAACGGUGUGGCUGUGGUUUUUGACGUGCCGGCGAUGCUUCCCGGCGCGCUGCGCAUCGAAUUGAGGAACUGCGUGUGCGACGGCGGUGCGCAGAUCUACGUGCGGGGCUACAGCGGCGAGCCGGCGAGUGACCGGAGCCUGGAGGUGGGCGUGAGCGGGCUGUCCGGGAGCUACUGCUCGCUUGUGCUUAUGCACAACCUGCCGGCACGCACGAACGUGACGGUCCGUUACUCGACGAUUGUGACGCCUGGACCGAUGCGCUACUCCCAACUGAGCGGGCUGACGGAAGCGGUGGCGUCGCCGCUUGUGCUGCACGCGACGUCGCUGUUGCAGUCGCAGCUGCGUGUGAGCAACACCGUGCUGAGGUCGUCGCAGGCGGGCGGGUCGGCGGUGUACGUUGGCGGCGGUGUGGACCUGCUGUCGAGCGCGGUGGUGUUUGACGGCGUGUCGCUGGAGGCGUCGGGCGGGGCGACCGCGUCCGCGAUGCAUGUGGCGUCUUCGUCGAUUCUCAGUCUGCGGAGCCACUCGGUGUUCUCCGUGACGAACGUGUCGGUUGUGAGCAGCGGCGGUGGCCUUGUGCUUGGAGAGCGUGUUACUGUGUCUGACUCGGUGCUGCGCCUCGUGGGCGUUGAGGGGUCUGUUGCGUCGUCGCUGGUGCGCUGCGACGGUGGGACUGUCGGUGCCGGCGGGUGGCUGGACAUGCACGACGUGUGGGCGGUGGGCGAGGCGUCGUUGGUGGCGUCGCUGUCGGGGGUGACGCUGAGCGGCGGCACCGUGUCGAUUGCGCGAUGCGCUGCCACUGGCGCUACGCUUGUCUCCGGGCUGGCGAUCACGAGCGGGGCCGUGUCGGUGCAGUGCAACCGUGCCGGCGGCCGGGUGCUGCAGAGCAGCGGCGACUACCGCAUGGCCGGCCUGCCCUCCGUGAGCGUGGUGCCGUGCGAUGGCUGUGCGGCCGCGCUGGCGUGCUUUGAUGCGCUGACGGCGUCGUUCUCCGACUGCGUGUGCAGCUGCCGUGCCGGCGGCGUGGGCGAGGCAUGCCUGCCGUUCAACGUGCCGCCUGCGAGGGCCGGCGGCGGUGGUGGCGGCGCGGAGGGCUGCGUGAGUGGCGUGACGCUGACGGAGUCGGUGACGGUUGGCGGCGGGCGGGCGACGGCGUGCUUCGACUCGGUGGUGUUUAGCGGACCGAUCACUGUGACGGUGGAUCUGCGCAUGAUGGACGUGUUCGCUGACGCGCUGAACGUGACGCUGCGCCACUGCGUGCUUGCGGGCGGCGCGCAGCUGCGGAUUGGUGGUCUCAGCGAGAACACGGCGCGCCUGGUGCCGCACGCCCUCGUCAACAUGACGAAUGUGACGUCGCUGGAGGGCACGAUCGUGCUGCAUGGCGCGAUGCCGCUGAACUCGAGUGUGCUGCUGGCGAACUCGACGCUGCGCGCGACGGUUGGCGGGUCGCAGUACGUGCCAACGACCCGUGGACACGAGGGAUCCCGGUACGGCACCGCGCUUGUUCUGGACGGCGUCCGGCUUCUGUCGACGCGGUUUGUCAUGACGCGGUCGACGCUGGUGUGUGGCGGGGAAUUGUGCGCUGCGAUCCUCUUGGAGCGCGGCUUUGUUGUGAACCUGUCCAGCGUCUUCUACAUGGACAACUGUGCUGUUCUGUCACGGACGCACGUGAUGUACGCUCUUGCGUCGGACCUGCGUGUCAGCGGCGGCUCCGUGUUCUCCAUACAGAACAGCUCGUGGAGUGCACCGAGUGCCGAUUACCACAAGGGCGCGUGUGUGUUUGAGGGCGUUGCAGUGGAUGGCGGCAGUGUGCUGCAGAUUGUGUCCAGCGAGUUCCGUCUUGGCUUCGCCAUGCUCAUGGCAAACACGCUGACCGUGACUGACGGCAGCUGGCUGGUGCACUGCGGCAACGAGUUCCGCACCGCCUACGUUUUGUACGUUGUCAACGAGAACGGCGUGGUGUUUUGCGAUCAGAGUGUGUGGUCGAUACUUGACAACAACUUCACGCACGGCUCGUACUCGUCAACUAUCGCACACAUGACAAACGAUUGGCCACUGUCAUCCGACUCGCGUCCGACCAUCUACGGCGUGUGCAACGAGGCAAGGGGCUCACCUGUGACGGAUUACCAAGAAGAGCUCAACAUUGGGACGCCCGUGACGGUUUUGGACUGUGGCGCGUGCACUGUGGACGCCGUGUGCUUUGCAGCGAGGACGAGCAGCAUCAGCGGCUGUGAGUGCGUGUGCGCUUCUGGCGGAUACGGUGACACGUGUCUGCCAGCUGCGGUUCCGGACGGCCUUGGGCCGCUCCCGCUCCCCGAUGCGAAGGACACGGAGGUCCGCUGCGUGCACGGUGGCAGCAUAAGCUCCGUGGACGAUCCUGAUCCCGGUGUGCGUGGUCUGUGCUUCGUCAACGUGACCUUCACCGCCGCGAUUGUGCUGGACCUGUUGCAUUUUAACGCACCACAACAGACACUCAAAAUCACGCUGCUGCAGUGCGUCCUCAUGGGCCUGUCGAUCAAGGGGAGUGGUGCGCGAGUGCACGUGAACGUGACAUCCUCGAUGUUGGAUUCUGGUAAUUUGGAGUUUGAGGGUGAUUUUGGGGCGAGUUCCCAGAUACUGGUGGCGGGCAGUGUGCUUGUGACGACUUCGGAUCACGCCAUCUUGUUUUUGAGGUUUUCUCUCGGUGCGAACUCGACGCUGCUGCUACUAGACAACCGCAUCGAGGCGAAUGUUCACUCAAUUUAUUUCUUUAGUGUUGUUUUUGAUGGUAGGGGGAUCAUUGUGAAGGGAAAUGCGUUGAGGGCAACGGAUAAUAAAUACCGUAUGGGAUCAGCCGUUUAUUUUCACGCUGUUGAUGUGAGGAACGGCGGCUACUUUGACAUAGAGAAAAAUACUAUGAGAGCGGCCAUUGGCGUUGAACUGUUUUCGCAUGCCACCGUGAGAUCCGCGGGGCUGCUGCGAGUGGCGGACUGUACAUUCGCUGGCAGCACGAGGGUCGUGAAUAGCAGGCUGUUGUACUUGGACGGCUCUUUGACUCUCGAAGGAGGCGCGCAGUGGCGUGUGGAGGGCAACAACGUGGAUGCAGCCUCAGUGUUAUGUAUGCCUUAUUCGUGGCACAAAAUUCAGCUGUCGGGCAGCGGCACCACCGUGACGCUUGCACACAACCGCCAGGUGGACGAUAGUUAUUCCUUUGCUGACCUGGCUCUGCCGAGCAUGAUCAAGAAGCCACCCGCACGGUUUGUCGUUGGGUGCAACCUGCAGGGCGGUGAGGAGGUGUCGUACGACGCUGUGUUUCCGGAGGACGUGGUGGUGUUUGGGUGCGGCACAUGCAACGACGACGCGGCGUGCUACAUGCUCGGGACGGAGUCGGUGGACCGCAGCUCAUGCUCGUGCAGCUGCAGGGUCGGAUGGCAUGGCGCGUCGUGUCUUCCCUUCGAGGUGCCCGACACGGUUGUGCCGCCCGUAGCGGAGAGAGCCGUCGACGGCGACACGAGCUGCGUGGUGAACCAGACGCUGACGAACCUCACGCUGAAAAUGUGGAAGACGCACCACUGCUACGCGGGUGUGACGUUCAGCGGCGUGGGUGCUGUGCUGACGUUCUCCCUCAACAGUAUGCCGCUGCAUCUCCCCAUCAACAUCACGCUCACUGGGUGCACAUUCCGUGGCGGUGCCGUGCUCCAGUUUGUUGGAGGUGCUGAGGCGGCCGAGUCAUCCGGCGUUCUGAUCCGCGUGAGCCAGACGGUGAUGCGGUCCUCCGUUGUUGUGUUUGCGCUUGCCCUCCCGCAGCACUGCGACAUCGCCGUCACGGAGGUUGACGCGGAGCAGUCCUCCGAGGUCCAGCUGCUUGACACAAAGAUUAACAUGCUUAGCGUAUUGUUGCUGGGAGACGUCGUGUUGAGUGCGUCAUUGUUGUUGGUCAGCAACUUCAAGGCGCACGCAACAAGGUAUGAUGCGUUCGGUUUGCACUCCACAGGGACGCUGACGCUCGUGGGUGGCAGCUCGCUGUACGUGCGGUACUGCAGCUUCGAUGGAUACACACACAUGUUCCACGUGCCUAGUCUCAGUGUGAGUGACCACUCUGUUUUUGCUUUGCUCAACAACACGAUGUCCUCCGGGACAAGCCUCCUGCAUCAGUGUCUAGACUUUAAAUUGUCGGAACACAGCGUGUUGCGCGUGGUGGGGAACAGCGGUUCCGUGUCCAACGCCAUUUACGCGAACAAUUUGUGGACCGUUGAGGAGUCAAGCUGGUUGGAUUGGCGAGACAACGACGUGGAAGUGGGUGCAAUGCUCUACGACACUGAAUCCGCUUUUGUGAGCAUUGACAGCAGCAGCGUGGUGACGCUGGCUGGCUGCAAGAUGGGCUUGACGGGGUUGUCGAGGCCUCUGCUAUCGCAGUCUGAAGCCGGCUACCAGUUCUUUGCCGGGUGCCUGACAGUCGCGGGACGGUUGGUGACGACGGCGGCUGAACUGGCGCUCCACGGCAUUACCAACGUGACGACGGUUGCAGUGUGCGGUGAGUGCACAAAGGAGAGCGACUGCUUUGCCCCGCUGACGACGGCGGUCAUUGGCUGCAAGUGCCAGUGCGCUGCUGGAGGGCACGGCGAUGUGUGCGUCCCGGCGCCUGUGCCUGCUGGCCCGCCACCACCAACGCCACUGCCACCACCGCCACCGCCGCCGUCACCGCCGCCGGUUGGUGAGUGCAUCAGCGACAUGGUGUACCCCGAGGUGGCGCAGGCAGUGGGCGGCGGGCUGUCGUGGCUGUGCUACCGCAACGUGACGUUCAGCGGGGGCGGCAUGAGCCUGACAGUGCUGAUUGGCGCGAUGACGGGCGACGUGGCGAACGUCACGUUCGAUGGAUGCACGUGGAGGGACGGCGCCGUGCUCUUGCUCUUGGGCAACGCGUACGCCGCUGUGGGGUCGCUGAACAUCGUCGUCACCGGCAACACGUUUAUUGACGCGCUGCUUAGCCCGGAGGGUGUGUUUCCACCGCACACGAACAUCACGAUCAGCGGGAACCGCUUCACGGUCACGAGGCUGAUCCCUCGGUCGGGUUUAGACCUUGGUAGCCCGUCGUGUGUCGCGAUGAGUCGACUGGUGAUCAGCAACGACUCCGCGGUGGUGUUCAGUGGCAAUGUGUUUCAGAGCGUGAGGGCAUCGUCAAGCGCCAUCCGCGUUCUCAGAUCUGCGCUGAGGGUGUCGUGGCACUCCGUGUUUGCGGUGGUGGGCAACGCGUUUCAUAUGUACGGCGGAGACAGUACGCUGAUACAUCUUGAGGGAUCUAGACAGUCAUUGUCGCUGAGUGUACUGAACAACUCUGCCGUGGUGAUCCGAGGCAACGCUGUGCUGGGGGGGUUAAAGCACUUCAUGCUUUUUUUUUGGGCUUCACGUGUUGAGUCCCAGUCAGCGGUUGUUAUUCGGGGAAACGACAUUCAGGGAGGCUCGGCUGUGUUUAUCUCAAGAUCCAUUUUCCAAAUUUACUACAACUCAUGGCUGCAGUUGAGCGGCAACCUCUGCCGCGUGUCCCCAUCGAAUGCUUUUGCCGUCCUGAUACCAAUGGUAAAUCUCCGCGACUCCACGGUGUCUGUUUCCGGCAACCAAUUCAUUUCCAGCACGGUUACGCCGAAAGUUUUGCGGAUAUCCACCGGGCCCCGCGAUAUCACAAACGGAGCGAUUGUGGCCGCGUGCAACACUGUGAACGGCGAGGAGAAGGAGGUGAAAUACAGCAUCCCGUCCGUGUACAAUGCCACCAUUCUGACCUGCAGCGACCCAUGCGCCCUUGCGGCGUCGUGCUUCCCCGCGUACACGACGACGGCGUCGAGUGAUGGCUGUGCCUGCACGUGCGCGGAGGGCGGCCACAGCGAUGCGUGCCUGCCCGUUGCUGUCCCCGAGCCACCGAGUACCGACGGCGCCGACUUGUGCGUGCGCGACGUGCGUGUGGAUGUGGAGGUGAACGUCAGUUUUGGGACGUCGGUGGCGUGCUACGUUGGUGUGACCUUUGCGGCGGACGUCGUUGUGGACGUGGAGUUGAUGUCAGGGAGCGUGCGCAACGUGACGCUGGCGAACUGCACUUUUUUGGACGGAGCGAGCCUGUACGUUGUUGGGUGGCGGUCCGACCCGACUGCUGGCGAGCGCGUCGAUGUGUUGAUCAGCGGGCUUGAGUCGCGCUCCGGCGGCGGCGUGGUGGUGGCGAACCGAUACCCGCCGGACUCGCGCGUCACUGUGGUGGACUCGGUGCUGAUUGCGGAGGCGCGUGUUGCGUACCGCGGCGCCUACGACCUUGGCGACGCCUCCGCGUGCCUCGUGUUACACAACGUGAAUCUGACGGGGAGUGUGCUGGCCAUCGCACGCACGCAAUUGGCGGCGGUGUUCCGCGACGCUGUUGGCGUGUUGGUGGUUGGCGGCGUGGCGCUGUCGUCGCGCGGUGCGCUGUACGUGGACGGGCUUUUUGUGCAGACGGCGCUCGGGCUGUGCGUGUCUGUGGAGGGCGGUGUUGCGGCAAUUGGCGGCUCUGUUGCGGCGUUUGUUGACAGCCACUUCCUGCUGUGCAAGCACGCGGUGUCUGUGCGUGGGGCUGUGAGCGUGUCGGGCUCCGCUGUGGUACUUGUGCGGAGCGACUUUGUGUCGACGGGGGACUACGCGGUGGCGUUUUAUUCGACGGUGAGCCUUGCCGGCGGGUCGAUGCUGCUUGCGAAGGGCAACGUGCACGACGGCGUCUCG